ACACAAAACAGUGAAUUAGAAUUGAGAUGACAAAUGAGCUUACGAGGUGAAACGAGAUGAGCAGUGAUGAAUCUCCACGUGUCAAUGGAAGACAAUGUUCUUGAUUGAGUACAAGACCUUCUACCGACGCGCUUACCCUUCUUAUCGCCCAUCUUAGUUGCAUCAGGUGAGGUCUCAGAAACGAUGCUUGCUCAAAGAAAGGAUCAAUAGAAACAGAAGUAGAAACGCCUCGAUUUCAUCGAAAGUCCGAUACCGGCCUUCAGGUGCACUCGAAUUUGCCACAAAUUUCGUCUUUUCUAUGAUCGAUUUGAUCCAAUUUCCUAUAGAUUCGUGGUUUUAAUCUGUCUUCGGUCAGGGUCCGUAGGCUUUGAUCAGAGAUCUGUUCUGUUAUUUGGGUUCUCUCCCAAUGAUCUGUUCUCGUCAAUUGAUUCAUUGUGCAAGUCCUUCGGUCGCCCCAGAAACAUGGCUACGACUCCUUUUACGUUUGCUGAUCCAUCCCCGACUAACUCGAGGCAACUCCAAAGAACCAGACGGCAGCCCAAUUCUCUAAACCCCUUAAAGAUCCCUCCAUGCGGUCAAUCUCGAGCCGCAGCGGUAGAUGUGGUAAUCUUCAUCGCGGUCAUUGGUGCUUCUGGGUUUUUGGUAUUUCCAUAUAUUAAGCUAUUCUGCUAUGGUGUUUCUGGGAUUGUCGGGGCGAUUCUUUCUGUAUUGAAAGAUGAGAUAUGUCGAGCUCCAAUGGUCUAUGUAUCGAUGGGGCUUAGCAUUUUCUUCGCAGCUUUAGGCGUUUGGGGCAUUUCUAAAUGCACCCGCACUGGUAAAAAAUGUGGAAUCCCAAACUGCCGUGGCCUCCGUAACUCUGUGGAGUUUGAUAUACAGAUUGAGACUGAGGAGAGUGUGAAGAAUUCAAGUUCUCCUGUGAGCAAAGAUGGUGGUGUGCAGGGCCUUCUUAAAUUUGUACAAGAACGCCAUAAGGAAUUGGAAAAUGAGUUAAAGAAGAUGGCACCUGCAAAUGGGAGGGCUAUUAUUGUGUUCCGGGCCAGAUGCGGGUGUCCUAUUGGUAGGAUGGAAGUUCCGGGGCCAAAGAAGCUCCGAAAGAUCAAGAAGUAAGAGAGGGGGUGGGGGGUGGGGGGUGGGGAGAAUUAUAGGUAAUUGAUAGGGAGGAACUCAAGCUUCCCUGCACUAUACUGUAUUUCAAUAAGUCAUCAAAAUAAGCUUGUAAGGAUUGUCUCUAUUAGUGAAAUUAAGCACUAGCUUCUUUCAA